AUGGGCAAAUCACUCGACCAAUGGAACCCAUUCGCAUGCAACCAAUUAUCCACGUCACUCGAGUCAAAAGAAUCGCCCUCCAAAACCUCAUCAUCAUUCAGCCACCUCUCGAUAUCCGACGGCCACACCACUUGCCCACCUUACGCACAGAACGUAGUCCCGCCUGUCCUCGUCAACCCUGAGAGAUGUGGAUCCCGGAUGGGAGUACUCCUUCAGGGCCCACUCGCCGUGCGUGGGUCCCACGUCGUCCGAGUUUCUAGGCUGGUAGCGGAAAGUUCGAGCGUGGCCGAUGAUGUCGGAUUUCUGCCCUUUGUUCGACCAAUGCCCGCCGCACCCAACGUUCCUCGAGUAGCGCUGGUAACUCCUUCCUUUCUUGGCGCCGACUUUCUUGAGUUUGGUGAAGAAAUAACGACAGCCGCCGUCUUUUACCUGGGAAUCUGCGGACAGCUCCCAAGGCUCCGUUUGGCCGUAGAUGUCGGCUAUGGAGAUGAAGCCGUGGGAGGGAAGAGGAUUCCCUGCGAUGAAACCCUGGAGUUUUUUCUUUGGUCAAAGGGAAAGCGCAGUGAAGUCCCGGAGAGGAAAGUGUUUCUGUUUUCUGAUUACUGGUUCUAUUCUGAAUGGAUUAUGUGGGAGAAGAGCAGGAAGUUGCAAAUCGUUGUUUCUGGGAAGGAAAAAAAUUUCUUUAGUGCAGUUGUUCGCAUUAGGGGGAGCCAUUUCCAGAAUUUUAAAGCUCUGUUUAGAGAAAUUUCAAGCUCUGUUUAUAAGAAGCUGCUCUUGAUAGAAGGGUCGAGCUUGUCUUUGUUUUUAGAUAUUGCCCAAUUCUUUUUCUUGAGCUGGCAUAACAUAUCUUUGGCUGCAUUUCACAGCCAUCAACAUCCCUUCGGAUGUUUUAAAGAAGUAGACAUCAAAUUGGAGAAAGUGAGCAUAAAUCGAGAUGAUGGCAUGGUGAACAACUCUCAAGAGUUUUGGGUGGCUUUUAGUUGUUUUAGUGUGGAGGGACAGACAAUGCUACAUAAACUGGACAAAUGCUACAUAAACUGGACCAGUAGUUGA